UGUGUACUUUUGCAAAAUUUACUUCUCAAGAGCGAUGAAUUUGUAAAAUUUCUUCUUGAAACUAUCCAAGUUAAUUUAAAAUAAGAAAGUUAUCGCCAUCUGACAUGGACAAAGAUUCGGACAGUACUGUUACCUCUCUAGAUGAAAACACUGAAAAUUUCUGCAAUAAUCCCACUCGUGACAUCUUAGCCGAAGGCAUAAUAAAUUUGUUCAAGCCAUCAGUGGAUCGUUUGGACGAAAGAAUAACAGCCACAAGAGCUGCACAAGCUGAGCUAAAAAUUCAAUUGGAUGCCCUAGCAGAACAGUUAAAGGAAAUUGAAAAGGCUCAGGCGACAAUCCCCGAGUUCUCGGACAAAGUAAAAGAACUUAUCAACGUAAAACACAAGGUCACGGUCAUUGCAAACAUUCUCACGACGAGUCAAGAGCGACUUAACAAUUUGCAUAAGCUAAUCGAUAAGGAACAGGAAAGAAGAGCAGCUCUACUUGAAUCAGCAAUUUCUUCAAACAUAUAA